AUGGACGCUAAAGCUUAUGACGCGUUAGAAAGACGCCGAUUGAAAACGGGUCACAAUAGUUUUGAUCAUUGGUACGAGUAUUAUUUCGGCGAUACACGCGAGGAAGAAAUUACAAGAACAUUAUGUGAUAACGCUUUUGAAGCCUUGCAUCGAAAAUAUUUCAAUGAUAAUGACGAUGAUAUAAGUAGGCUACGUCAACAUAAAUUUGAUGAAUACAUGAAUCGUUCUCACUCAAUUGGUCAAGAUAUGUCUUUUCCCUCCCCAGUUUCAAAUUCAUGGAUUGAAGUGUACAAAUUUAAGAAUAAUAUGGAUAAUGUCAAUUCGGUCAAUAUAUUUCCUGAAACACAUGAAUUUAAGGAUAAUGUUAAUUCAGUCAAUACAUUUCCCGAAACAUAUGAAAUUGCUCAAGAAUUACAUGAAUUACAUGAAGAAAUAUCAAUUGACAAACUUUCAAGUUCUCAGAAAACUAUUACCCCAAAGGAGAAACAAACGAAAAUCAUCGAGUUAAUCGAUGAAUCAACCAUACAAAAUGAAGUUAAAGGUACAAAACGAAAAAAACUCAAGGUCUGUCGUCCAAGAAAAUCAUCAUCAACUUAA